AUGCUGAACCAAACACUCGAUUCUCCCACCACCUUUGAAAUCGCCGCAGGCAGUGUUCUUGGCGAUGCGCAUAAAGAGACGCCUUUCAUUCUCCUCUCUAAGCAGACGGGUGGAUCAGAUAUUGGAAAGAGCUUAUGGACAAAUGGUCUCGAAUUGAACCUAGUGGCUGGCAAGGUCCAAUUUCUCGUCCACAGUUUAAAGGACAUGCCCACAACGCUGCCACCGAGAUGUCUCCUUGGAGCUGUCCCCGAGCGUGAGGACUGUUCUGAUGCCGUCAUAAUGAGAUCUGACUCGGAUUUCACAUCUAUCGAUCAAUUACCACCUGGCUCCAAAGUUGGAUCGAGUUCUUCGAGGAGAAGAGCCCUAGUUCGGCGAAAUUGGCCUCAUUUAGAGGUGGUAGAAUGUCGGGGCAAUGUAGAUACUCGCCUUGCCAAGCUUGACGCACCUUCUUCGCCGUUUUCAUGCAUUCUCUUGGCGACUGCAGGACUAUCACGUCUAGGACUCGACCAUCGAAUCACGCAACGACUUGAUCCUAGUGUAUUCCCUUAUGCGGUUGGACAAGGCGCACUCGGUGUCGAAGUUAGCACAGACCGUCCAGAUAUUCUACAGCUUAUUCAGCAUGUCGACCAUAAGCCGUCCAGAUGGCGUGGCAUGGCAGAGAGGGCGAUGCUUCGAAGCCUUCAAGGAGGAUGCUCAUCCUCAAUUGGCGUUUGCUCUUCUUUUGAGCCCCUGAAAGAAAAUGAAUCCGCGGAUAAAGGACAACGAGGCCCCGGUAGCGGCACUCUUCGCCUCCAAGCCACGGUCAUCCACAUUGAAGGAAACUCGGAGAUAUUUGCUGAGGAUGUGAGCACUGUCCUGUGUGACGACGAAGCGGAGCAACUUGGUGUCUCGGUCGCGGAUAUGCUUCUUGAAAAGGGGGCGCGAGAUCUAUUGCCAAAACAAUCACUUUACACCGAGGAACUCUCAUUUUCUUGGCUUUCUGCGCAGGAGCCGAAACGCAAAACCUUGGCCCUUGUGGAAAGCGGUCGUCGUCCGCCAGGUCGUGGAGGAAAUGGGGAAACGGUUUAUAGCGCGGCGGAGGCUUUGGGAAUCGACAUGAUCGUGCUCGAUAAUCCGGGACAUUGGCUGGACGGCCCUCGCUGGGGGCACUGGUGCAAAAGUUUCAUCCCCGUCGAGUGCACCGAGGAAUCUGAUCACGUCUUCACAGCUCGAAUCGUCAAGGCCAUCCACGCCUGGGGCGGGCAUCUAGACGGACUUGUGACCUUCUGCGACCACUACAAAGUCCCGAUUGCCGCGGCUGCCUUGCAGUUGGGGUUGCCGACAUAUUCCCCAGAAACAUUUGAUCUUGUCACUGACAAGUUCAAGUUAAGUGCCAAAAGCAUCGUACGCGAGGACCACCUCGAGUUCCCUCUCAUCAUCAAACCUUCCCUUAUCGGAUUCCAAUCUGAAGGCGUGUACCGAGUUGAGAAUCUGGAGCAGAUCAAAGCAGGAAUGCAAGCCACUGACACCGAGAGACACGGUGUUGAGUUUGUGAUUGAGAAGUACUGCGAUGGGCCAGAGGUGGAUGCCAACUUUGUCCUUUGUGACGGAGACAUUUUGUUCUUCGAAGCGUCAGACGAGUUCCCCAAGGGCGCCGAUGUCAACGGCCAGAGUGGAAGUGUCGACACCUUUCUUGAGCUAGGAAACAUUAUUCCAUCCGAGCUUCCGGCCAAUGAGGUGGCUGUUGUACGGGACUUCUCCAUCAAAGCUUGCUGCGGGUAG